AUUUGACAACCUUGAAAUCAAUGAUUUUUGAACUUUGGUUAGGUAGAGUGAAUUGUUACUUGUUCAUUUUAUUAUGGGUUUUUAGUUAUUAGUACCUUCAUUAUAACAUAAAUUCUUAAAUUGAAGUUUAUUUGAAAAAAUGGAUGAAGAUAAUUUGAACAGAUUUUAUCCCAACUUGGAUAUAGAGGAGCCAGAUCCAGACAUAAACUACAAACAUAACAUGUCGAAGCAAAAAGGGAAUAGUUGGUCCAAUUACGCAGUAAGAAUUAUUGUUAGCACGGCGUCACAUCCCUUAGAAUACGCGAAAGUCCUAAUCCAGAUCGGUCACGAACCGAUUGCCCCCCGACCUACCACAACGUUAUUCGGACGACCGGCCCUGAAACUACCAAACAUUUUCGAAUAUGUUAGGUAUAUCAAAUCUGUUGACGGUUUAGUCGGUUGUUAUCGUGGUUUUGUACCAAAAGUCUGUGGAAAUUUGGCUAGCGCGAUAGCCAGUCAGAAGGUAAUUGAUCACUUGGAAAGUGAUAAAGAGGAUGAGGAAGAACUCAGUGAAGCCGACGAGGAUAAAAGGACCGAGCUAUUUUUUAAAAGUGUAAAGAAAGAUUUGGUUACUCGAGCCACUGCGAUCGUAGUAAGCCACCCCUUUCAUGUGGUAACAAUUCGGAUUAUGGCACAGUUUGUGGGGAAUGAAACGACAUAUAACGGCCUUUUCGCUUCCAUUAUGCAAAUAUACAAGGAAAGUGGAGUGAAAGGUUUUUUUAGCGGAUUAGUACCAAGAAUACUAGGAGAUGUGUUUUCGUUGCUCUUAGCCAGCGCACUAGCAUACGCAUUUAAUACUUACGUAUUUGAAGAUAAAGAAUUACAGAUGUAUACGUCGGCUACAAUGUCUUUCAUUGCAAGUGCGAUUACUUAUCCUUUCCAAGUCGUUUCGAAUUGCAUGGCGGUCGCCGGUACAUCAUUAGCCGCAGGAUCACCACCAAAUAUGCCGUUUUAUAAUUCGUGGCUGGACUGCUGGUCUGAUUUAUCGAGAAGAAAUCAGUUGAAGCGAGGUUCUAGUCUGCUUAUUCGUUACUACGUCGGACCCCAACUAAUUAUUGGGGGGCGAGCGAUUCCAAGUGAUAAAAACUUUGAGUUCAUGAAAUAAUUCAAUUUUUUGUGUAAUAAACUUUUUGGUUGAAUUAAAUUCAAUUUUAACAUU